AUGACCAAGUAUCGCUAUUUCAACGAUUCCCUUCUUUUGCAGAUCUAUGCUCUUUACAAAGGAGACGACGUUCUCCGUUUGGAUGCCGAGUGUGCUGAAGGGGACAAUCCACAUCCAAAGAAUGCCCUUCAAGGCAAGUUCAAUCUACCUGAGCGUCGGCUCAUUCUUCCUCAGUUUAUACGCAUUGUGUCUGAUUGGAAUGGCACAGCAAAAGUUCAUGAAAAUCAUCUGCUACAGGAUAUUAUUUGUCGUUGGUUUUGUCGAUGUUAUCAGCCUGGUUCCAAGCUCCAUUUUGCCGGGCUAUUUUCUGGUGAUGGGCUACUCAUUUUGCGACAGUCCACUGCUGAAUCUCUGGAUUGCAAGUUUGUGCUUCAUGUGGUGUUGGCGCUGAAUCGCUGUGUCGAUUUUAUGGGUCCCCAGUUGCAACAGACACUAUUUGGCGGGUGGCGACUGCUGGCGUGGAUUCUCCCACCAUUCAUCUACGGAGCCGUCGUCUACUUCACUUGUCCUCCACUCGUCUAUCUCACCGCCACGGCCAGCUAUUAUUUUGCGGCAAAGCCCGAGCAUUCCAUUAUGCCAGGGAUAUUUUUAUAUAACAACGUCGGUGUGUCGAUUUGCAUCUUGUUUUUGAAUAGCCUCAUGCUGAUUUUGAUGUAUCGAUCACAUAAAAAGAUGAAUGCGAACACGAGCAAAAUACAAAAAGUCAUUGCUAUUCAAUGCUUUGGCAUUUCCACGACGGUGAUGAUCACCGGCAUUUUCUAUUGUACAAUCGCCUCGGGAUUCAUCGAGCUUCCCCAUUCAUGUACCUUGUCACCAAUGGCUUAUGGCAAUUCUCGAAUAGUUCGAUGGCUAUUUUCUACA